AUGGCGGUAGAUAGUAACCUGCAGAGAGGUUCAGAUAUUGCUCGAAUGAUUUGGAUUGUGGGAUCACCGCUUAUUUUUACCGUUGGAGUUUUUGGUAACAUCAUGACGAUUAUUGUACUUACCAGUAAACGGAUAAAAAAGACAUCAUCUACCAUUUUUCUGGCAUUUUUAGCAGCCGCAGACUUGUUUAUGAUAAGCUUGAUAUUGCCAAGAUGGUGGCUAAUCUAUCUGUUUCGUUUUGAUGUCCGUCAUAUUCACGACAUUGUGUGCAAAGUUCAAUUUUUCUCCUCUUACUUUAGUGGUGGCUACUCGGCAGCUUUAUUGGCAGCUGUUACAAUCGAGCGCACCAUAUAUACAAUAAGACCUUACAGAGUAAGAACAAUAUGUACAGCCCGUAUUGCGACGAUUAUUUCUCUUGUUCUCGCGCUAAUUUUAUGUGUGAUUCAUGGACAUAUUAUUUUUGGUAUAAACCUUCAUGAAAUAACGUACGACGAGGCGUCAGAUAAUAUGAUGUUGUUUGCUUUAGAUUCAAACGAGCGCUCUGCAAACACGUGCCAAAGUUUGCUGAAUCAGUUUUACGAUGCCGAAAGUGAAGCCGAUGCCAAGAUAAAAUUCAUGCCAGAAGAUGAGUGUGAAGGUUUAUUCAAUUCAAGUGUUCAAGAAAGGUCAGUUAACUCCGUUGUGAACAAUGUUUCAAAUGAGGUAAGAAAAAUCAAAGUAUGCUGGUAUGAUAAUUCAAGAUAUGGGCAUUAUUUUUCUGAAAUACAUCAGAUUGUAGCGACAGUUUGCUACUUGAUUAUUCCUGAGAUAAUAUUCUUUGUUGGCGGUGUCAUUAUUGUAAAACGUUUACAUAAAAACAAGAACUUACGUACACGAAUGAAGACCAAAUAUACACAAACAUCGGAUAGUAAAGCAACACCUGACAAUCGAGCUACACAGAUAACAUUGACAUUACUUUUGGUUAACAUCGUCUUUGUUUUUACUACAUCACCUGCAUAUAUUUUUCUGAUGGGAAAGUCAAGCUGGGUUGAUGAAGAUACCGGAAUGACAGCAGCACAAGAAAUCACAUGGGCAGUUGUAAAUAUGUUAUUAUGCACAAAUCAUGCAAUUAAUUUUAUCUUGUAUUUUCUAAGUGGGUACCGAUUCCGUCGUCAAGUGUUAGAAAGGUUUAGAUGCACAAAAUGCGGUACAAGUGUCCGCUUAAAUAAGCCUAAACUUUCUUCUGUAUCAAAUAGCUAUGACAUAAAUUUUACUGAAUAA